UUUAAAAGCCUCCCAGACCGGGUGGUGGUGGGGGGGACCACUUCCAAACAGAGAGAGAGAGACUCGCCAUCCACUAAGUCAACCGUUCGAUCGCAACCAGAGGGCUUCAACAUGGAUAAUCAUUCCUACAACUUUCCAUCCGACUGCACCCCACUCACAAACUGCAAGUCGGCCCGCAAGCCGGCGGGUUCCACCGUGGUGAACAUGGGCAACUCGGGGAAGAACCCGCCCCGGGACUACCUGCUCUGGUCACUCUGCAACACCUUUUAUGUCAACUUCUGCUGCUUGGGCUUCAUGGCACUCAUCUACUCCAUCAAGGCCCGGGACCAGAAGACUCUGGGGAACCUGCAGCUGGCUCAGGAGUGCUCAGACAAGGCCAAAUGGUACAACAUCCUGGCCGCCGGCUGGAACCUGCUGAUCCCUCUGCUGGCCGUCGUCCUGAUCGUCCUCCUGCUCGUCCACCUCGGCUCCUCUCAGGGUUCCUUUGAUUUCCUGGGAGAGGACGGUUUCCAAAACUUCCUCAAGCUGUUCAGCUGGUAGAUGAAGGAGGAAAAAAAACAAAAUCUCCGAUUGGAUUCAGAAGGCGAUGGCAGACGUUAGAAUUAGUCGACGUCUAAAUGUUUGUUUUCAACUUGUCCUAUGCAGAUGUGUUAAAACUUCUGCUCGCCAUCUGAAUUAAUUGUAACACUAACUUAUUUUAGCAGUAUUAGCGUCUCUCUGCCAAAAAUUUGAUAAAUAUAAAAACAUCAAGGCG